CCACCGUCUGUACAUGUGCACCGGACACACAACUCGCUCCUGAGCGGACACUGCAGGGGAAGGAAGGAACGAGCCCACCAUGGAAUAGGAAUACUGCCGGACAAAACGGGGGAAAAACCUCUCUCUCAUCUUUCUUCCUUUUUCCCCCUUUUUCUGACGCCCUUUUCUCUCUCUCUCUCUCUCUCUCUCUCUCUUGCGCACCUCUCCCCGCGCUCUCCCUCUCGAUGUCUCUCAACAGUUUCUAAAGGAAUUGAAGGAAAGAAAAAUGAGGAUUAUUAUUUUGUCUUGGCACUUUCUCGGGGUGUAUUCCGCCCUUUGGGGGCUGGUGACGGGGGCUUUCCCCAGCUCAGUGCAGAUAGGUGGGUUGUUCAUUAGGAAUACUGAUCAGGAGUAUACAGCGUUUCGACUUGCUAUCUUCCUUCACAACACCAGCCCUAAUGCUACAGAAGCUCCAUUUAACCUGGUCCCACAUGUCGACAACAUAGAGACCGCCAACAGCUUCGCCGUCACCAAUGCAUUCUGUUCUCAGUAUUCAAGAGGGGUCUUCGCCAUCUUUGGUCUUUACGAUAAGCGCUCGGUGAACACGCUGACGUCGUUCUGUGGGGCCCUGCACAUCAGCCUAGUUACGCCCAGCUUCCCCACCGAAGGAGAGGCCCAGUUCACCCUGCAGCUCCGGCCGUCCAUCAGAGGGGCUUUGCUGUCACUUCUGGACCAUUACGACUGGAGCCGAUUUGUCUUCCUCUAUGACACAGACAGAGGUUAUGCAAUACUGCAGGCAAUUAUGGAGAGAGCGGGGCAGAAUGGAUGGCAGGUGAGCGCUAUCUGUGUGGAGAGCUUCAAUGAGGCAGCAUACCGCCGACUGUUGGAGGACCUGGACCGACGUCAGGAGAGGAAAUAUGUUAUAGACCUGGAGCCUGAGAGACUACAGAGCAUCCUAGAACAGGCUGUCAGUGUGGGGAAACAUGUGAAAGGUUACCAUUACAUUGUGGCCAACCUGGGAUUUAAGGACAUAUCUCUGGAGAGGUUCAUGCAUGGCGGUGCCAAUGUGACUGGUUUCCAGCUGGUGGACUUCAGCAGGCCUAUUGUUAUUAAACUGAUGCAGCGCUGGAACAAACUGGAUCAGAGAGAGUACCCGGGAUCUGAAAGCCCACCGAAGUAUACCUCAUCUCUGACAUACGAUGGCGUCCUUGUGAUGGCCGAGGCCUUCCGCACCCUUCGUCGGCAGAAAAUUGAUAUCAGUCGCCGUGGCAACGCUGGUGAUUGCCUGGCUAACCCAGCUGCUCCCUGGAACCAAGGAAUAGAUAUGGAGCGUGCACUCAAACAGGUGCGCAUUCAGGGCCUGACUGGGAACAUUCAGUUUGAUCACUACGGUCGGAGGGUGAACUAUACCAUGGAUGUGUUUGAACUGAAGAGCAACGGACCACGCAAGAUUGGCUAUUGGAAUGACAUAGACAAACUUGUGUUGGUCCAAAAUGAAAAUGCUCUGUCCAAUGACAGCACGGCGAUGGAGAACCGAACCGUGGUCGUGACAACCAUCAUGGAGGGUCCCUAUGUGAUGCUGAAGAAGAACUGGGAACUCUAUGAAGGGAACGACCAGUUUGAGGGAUACUGUGUGGACUUGGCCUCAGAAAUCGCAAAACACAUCGGAAUCAAAUACAAGAUCUCCAUCGUACCGGAUGGGAAGUAUGGAGCCAGAGAUCCAGAGACCAAGAUAUGGAAUGGCAUGGUGGGAGAGCUUGUGUAUGGGAAAGCAGAAAUUGCUGUGGCCCCACUGACCAUCACUCUGGUGAGAGAAGAGGUGAUCGACUUCUCGAAGCCCUUCAUGUCUUUGGGAAUCUCCAUCAUGAUCAAAAAGCCCCAGAAGUCGAAACCCGGUGUUUUCUCUUUCCUGGACCCUCUGGCGUAUGAGAUCUGGAUGUGCAUAGUGUUCGCUUACAUUGGAGUCAGUGUUGUGCUGUUUUUGGUGAGUCGCUUCAGUCCUUAUGAGUGGCACGCCGAGGAACCAGAGGAGGGAACAACAGAGCUUGGCCCCACCGACCAGCCUCCCAAUGAGUUUGGCAUCUUCAACUCCCUCUGGUUCUCACUGGGAGCCUUCAUGCAACAGGGCUGCGACAUCUCACCACGAUCUCUGUCUGGACGUAUUGUUGGAGGUGUGUGGUGGUUCUUCACCCUUAUCAUCAUCUCCUCUUACACAGCCAACCUGGCUGCCUUUCUCACAGUGGAGAGGAUGGUCUCACCCAUAGAGAGUGCAGAGGACUUGGCCAAACAGACAGAGAUAGCCUAUGGGACACUGGACUCAGGUUCUACUAAGGAGUUUUUCAGGAGGUCCAAAAUAGCCGUAUACGAGAAGAUGUGGUCGUAUAUGAAGUCUGCAGAGCCGACAGUCUUCACCAAAACCACAGCAGAGGGCGUGGCGAGGGUCCGCAAGUCCAAGGGAAAGUACGCUUUCCUCCUGGAGUCAACAAUGAACGAAUACACGGAGCAGCGGAAGCCUUGUGACACCAUGAAAGUCGGGGGGAACCUGGACUCCAAAGGAUAUGGGAUUGCUACACCGAAAGGCUCACAGUUAAGAAACGCGGUCAACCUGGCCGUGCUAAAGCUCAACGAGCAGGGCCUGUUGGACAAAUUGAAAAACAAGUGGUGGUAUGACAAAGGAGAAUGUGGCAGCGGGGGAGGGGAUUCCAAGGACAAGUCGUCCCAGGCCCUGAGCCUGUCCAAUGUGGCGGGGGUCUUCUACAUCCUCGUGGGCGGCCUGGGCCUGGCCAUGCUGGUGGCCCUGGUCGAGUUCUGCUACAAGUCACGGGCCGAAGCCAAGCGCAUGAAGGUGGACCUUAGCCCCCCCCACUGCCCCAGCCCCUCCCCCAGCACCCAGAAUCUAGCCACUUAUAGGGAGGGGUACAACGUGUACGGCUCCGAGGGGGUCAAGAUAUAGGGCUUUCUUUUUCUGAAGCAAUGCGGAAUAAGGCCCGUCUGUCCAUCACAGGAAGUGUGGGGGAGAAUGGCCGCGUCCUGACGCCAGACUGCCCCAAAGCCGUGCAUGCUGGCCACGCCUCCCUCCGACACCACGGCCUUGCAGUGGUCUCCUCCGGACUGCCCUGAAAACCAAAAACACCUGCCGUGCCUUAACGACACACAGACAUAGAGACUUGGACAAGGAUACUCAUACACACAAUCACACACUUACCAAUAUAAUGCAUAACACACACACAGACACACAAAUACAUGCAUUUAAUAACAGAUGCUCAAAGCUCACCAUUUUUACACACUUGAAAACAGAAACACAGACUGCGCGUCAUCAUCUCACUUUCCUGCUGCCAUUGACUUAUUUUACAAGAGAUAAGUGAAAUUCAACUAUGGGGUGAACAGCUGAGGAAAAAGCAAAGGACAACAAUGACCAUCACACUUGCCUGCAGCAUUCAUUCUAUUGUUUUUUGGGAGGACACAUGACAGAAAAGCCAGCACAGACUGAUGUGAAAUGAACUAUGAGCUUCAAACAUGACCACAAAACUGAUCAUGAUGAUGAUGAGACAAAUAUGAUGAUCGCAGCUGACUGUAAAAAAAGGGGGAAAAAGACUACCAAACAACUCUGUUCCUGCUCUUUCUUCGUUGGACAGUGUUGGCCAAUGAGCCGCACACCUUGACAACGCCUUACUAAGACUACAAACAUUGUUUUCAUCAUCAUCAUCAUCAUGGUCAUGGUCAACGUCCUCUUAACUUGCCUGCAAAGAGUGCCAGGUAUUAUCACGCUUAGAAGACCAGAAAACUGUAAGCUUGAACGUUUGGACUGUGCAAACCCCCUACUUUGCCAUUGACUGUUCAAACUGAAUGAAAAUGCUUUCUUACUACGCAUAUAGAAUAGUUUCUCGCCCCCCAAAACCAGCGAGAUAAUCAGCCAAUACAAAACAGAAGUAACCUCGAAACACACACAGGUGGCUAAUCUCAACCACAUAAUUCACAGGGGUUUGUAAAGAAAAAAAACAGUAGUAAUUAAUGAAGUGCUUCAUCAAUAGCAUUGUCAUGACAGUAUAAAUGCUAAAUAGCAAGUUGUCCAUUACUUUAUGCCUCGUGGCAAAAGGUGAGGUUUAAACUGUAUAUUCAGUGAUGGAAAGAAAAAAUAAAACACAUGGGCAGAUCUCAAAUGGCUACCUAACAAAGUGCUUCUCAACCUGAGUGCAGGGCCCUUAUAUGAAAUAGAUGGAACAAAUGGGAAUGAAUAUUGUCUUUAACUAUGGAAACUAAUUCUGCCUCCAUGUCUUUUUCAAUAAUUAAUCCAGGCAAUGGAAAAGGCAAAUAAAAGUUCAUGAUUCUUUGCAUGUUUCCCCUCAAUGGGGUGACUAGAGUAGUAAACCAUUUGUUUCAAGUGCUGUAAUAUGGUUGAGAAACGCUAGUCUAUGCUGUGUGCGCUUCAUUUUACUUGACCUAUAGGUAUAAUUUUCAAUUCCCUCUAAAGGGUAAUGACUCUGAUGGGCAGUUAGGUUGUCAUUUGAGAUUUUCAGUCUUUUCCACUGGCCGGGUAAAGGUACCAUAUCAGAAAGCUUGCUUUUUAAAACUGUUGUAAAUAACUGCGUAGCAAAACAGAACUCACCUGUCUUUUUUAAUCAUCUUAGAUAACAAUUCAUUGCAAUAAUGAAUAUAAAAGAAAAUGCCACUUGUAAUUAAGAUCCAAUCUUUUUAUAAAUCUACAUAUUAUAUAUAAUACAAAUAAAUAUAUAUCUAUACGUCUAUAGAGAGCUAUAGAAAACAUUGAUCACAGAUUGUCAGAGGCCAUGGCAUACAUUCUGUUACAUGGCUGUUUUUUUUGAUAACUUGACAAUAUUAUUAUGCCACAGUCUUCGUGUGUCCUGCUCAACACUGAAUGUCCAUCUGACACUCACGUGGACACACACAUAGAAUCGCACGCACACAUGCUGUUGCAUACACAGGGUCAGCUCAGAGUGAUCACCACUUUAUUUUUGCCUGUCUGUCUAUUUCACCAGUAGUUUAUCACUGUUCUUCAUGGUCUAACGAUGUUGUUGUUUUUUUUUACCACUAAACCUUUUGAUGGCGAGCUGCGAAGGCCCCCUGAAACAGCAUGUAGAUGCCAGUAUUCAGCACUGGAGCCAAUGCAAUGAGAACGCUCAUUUAGGCAGGCUGCUAGAGAGGAUGGGCCACUGCGAUCACUGUACUGUAGGGAAACAAUGCUGUCUGACUUUCGGAGAGUGUAGCAUUUGUGUUGUAUUUCAUAAUGCCUCAGUGCUUUUUGUUAUUUGUCUUCUCACCAAAUGUGAAUCAGCUUCAGAUUGAAAUUGAGUUCGAGCUGAGCAGAGUUUGUUAUUUCUGUGCUGGGGACAUUGUACUUGGCAAAAGCAAUCAAUCUUCAACACUUCUAAAAUCUAACAGUCUGCUUUGGGAAAUCCACUUAAUUCAAGCCUUGGUGAGAGGAAAAUAAACAUUGCAUUAAUAUCUGAGGCUCAAUUAGGAGAAUUUUCAUAAGGAUUUGCAUCAGUGCAGUUCGACUUUGUGUUGUAAUGCUACUCGGUAUGGUGGUGGUGCACAUGGAGAAAGUAUCCGAAUACCACAGUACUGUAUGUGGGAAUGAAAUAUUGUGUUUUCCGCCCUGCUGCUUUCUCCUUUUCUCCCUUACCUUUUUAGGGUUUUUUUCUCCCAUUUAUCCUGUGCCCUACCUCCCAUCCCUCAAAUCGUACUUUCCUCGUGUUUAGUCUCUCCCUUUCUCUCUUUCUGCUUUCAUCUCCCCUUCCUGUCCUACCGUGUGACACAACUCUCUCUACAAAGUGCAUCUCAGCAAUGAAAAAUGACUUUAUUUUCUGCCUUCACACACUGCAAAAUAAUAGUUUAGAGAACUUGAGACAUCGCUGACGUUCUGAGUUUCUCCUGGUUCUUUGUUCUGAACAUUGUUUACCUCUAAAAACAUAGCCUCUAACAUUUGACAUAAAAAAGUCCCUUAUUUGUUUAACUCACACGUAAUGUACCUCAUUGCACAUUAUUCCUGCUUCAAAUGUAACGGACAAAAGAAUACAUUGAAAAUACUAUCCUAAAACCACAAGCAUCUGGCAGAAAAGAUUAAGUUAGACUGUUUCUAAUAACCUCUACUCAGCCCGGGGAUCAGUACAGCAGCACUGGAGUUAUCACCAGACCAAGCAGACUGUACAUUAUGCUGUUGAGUUUAUUUCUUCGCCACCUCCAGCACAUAUACGAUUUCAUGCGUCGACAGCAAAGGCAGAUUGCUAAUCUGUCCACACUCUGGCUUUAACAUGUUUCUUUCUUCAUUUGUUUA